AUGCGCUCAGCUGUCAAAAAUGAAGGAAAGCCAUUCAGAGGAAUAAACAUGAUUUUCUCAGGAGACUUUGCACAGCUUUCCCCUGCAGGAUCAGGGCAUUCAUUGUUUUCCCAUAAAGUCAGAUCAGUGCUGCACAUCACCAGCAGUCACUAUGAACAAGAAUCAUCCAUAGGCAAAUCACUUUGGCACCAGUUCACAACUGCAGUAAUCUUGAGAGAGAACAUGAGACAAAAGCAGCAAACUCCUGAUAAUGCAAAAAUAAGAAAGGCUUUGGGAAACUUAAGAUACAAGUCCUGCACCCAGGCAGACAUACAACAUUUGAAGGGAUAUAUAGCAGGUCAUGCUGCAGAUAGGCCAAAGUUAAAUCAGCCCAGAUUCAGAAAUGUCUCCUUCAUCACCCCCUGGAAUGCGUAUCGAGACAAAAUCAACGACCUUGGCUGUACAUGCUUUGUCAGAGAGAUAGGACAACAACUCAUUACAUUUUACUCUGAAGACAAAAAGGCAAAACAUGCUACUGUAAAUCCACAAAGGUCAUCCAAUGUCAUAGACCCUGAAACUCAGAGAGUCUUGUGGAAUCUACCUCAUGACUGUACUGAUAACCAUCCCAGAAAAUUGACCCUAUGCAUAGGCAUGCCAGUCAUGAUUAAGAGCAAUGAGGCUACUGAGUGUUGUGUGACCAAUGGUGCAGAAGGCGUAGUGGCUGGGUGGAAGGCGAGACCUUUGGAGGAUAACAAGCUGGCCCUAGACACCCUCUUUGUUCAACUAACCUCUGCUCCUACACCCAUCAAGUUGGAAGGACUACCUGAAAAUGUAGUCCCUAUUAGUCACCAGCUGAUGAAAAUUGCAUGCAUCAUGCCCAAUGAUCGAACGGUCUCCAUUGUAAGAGACCAAGUCGCAGUUAUACUUAAUUUUGCUAUGACCGACUUCACCUCCCAAGGUCGCACAAGGCCUGACAAUGUAUGUGAUCUCCAAAAUUGCAAGUCUCAUCAGUCCAUAUACACCUGUCUCUCUAAGGGCUCUACAUAUCAAGGAACCCUAAUUGUUCAAGGCUUCGAUGAGCGUAAGUUGAUGAGGGGCAUCUCUGGUUCACUGAGACAAGAAUUUAGAGACCUUGAACUUUUAGAUGAAAUCACAAACCUUCGAUACAACAAAAAGUUGCCAGACAUUGUCAAAGGUGUAACCAGAAAUGCUUUGAUUGUUUCCUACAGAGCAUGGAGAGGGACCAUGCACAAGGCACUAAAGUGGUCUAACGAAGAUCCAUAUCCACUGGAUGACCCAGAGCCUGACAGUCCCUGGCAAAUGCUGGGCAAACCUUCCAAACACGUUGAUGAUGCACAAAAGGCCUCAGUGGCACAGAAAAAACUGAUGAAAAUCAAACCUGUGUACAGAUAUGUGCCUGAAAAGGGAAUAAAGACUUUGUCCAUGGUCAGCAAUGACCAGGAUGGGAAAAAAAGGUGA